AUGCCUGACCUCAAGCCCAUCCAUGCCAUCAUGCACUUCAAAAUCUAUCAAGGGCUUGAUGUAACUUUGAAGAAGGCUCUGCUCCUCAAGGUCUACAAGGGUGAGUACUCAUGGAAGGACAUGGAGCAGGAAGCCAGCAUCAUUAAAGGCCUGUGUGAAGGUGCUCGCUGCAGCUAUGGAGCUUCUUGA